AUGUCCGAUCCGCCCCCCGAACACCAGAUGGAAGCACAGCAAGCACGUCAAGCAUACCGGCAAGCACAGAUAGUCUUCCACCAAGCACAACAAGCCUACCAUCCAGCACUGCAAUCUUUCCUCCGGCAAGCACUGCCAACCUUCGAGCAAGCACAACAAGUCUACCUGCAAGCCUGCGAGGAGCAUCUAGAUUCUCAGGAACUACUGGAAGACCUGGAAGAGCAGCAAGCCCCCGUGGAACAGCUGCUGGAGGUAUACGCGCAAGAACAGCAAGCAACCCUCCAAGAACUACGAGCCUAUCAGCAAGCACAGCAAUCCUACGACUCAGCAAAAGAAACCUUUCGCCAGGCACAGAUAGCCUUCAAGUCAGCACGACAAACCUUCCAGCAAGCGCAGCAAGCCUACGAGCAAGCGCAGCAGGCCUACAAGCAGGCCACAUACGCGUACGAGCGAGCGGCGCUAGUCUGCGAGCAAAUGAAGGAGUUGCACGAGCUGGCGAUGGGACAUCGGGAAUCAAAGUAA